UUUACUCUUCCGGAUCCUUGUGAUGCGAAAUUCUUAAAGCUUGUUCGAACUUCGGGAUCUCUUUUUGGAACGUCAGUAGGAUCUUGUUUUAGAAAAGUUCAGAAUGCCUUAGCUAUAAAACAGUCUUCUUUACUAUUUAGUUUACUUUAUUACACCGAUUUAGAUAAAUAUGAUGAGGAUUUAGAUCUUAUUAUUUAUACUUUAGUUAUAAUUUUACACUCUAUAUUAUCAAAAGAACAUCAAAAGCAACUUAGUUAUAAGCGCCAAAAAUGGUUUAGAAAUAAGAAUAGAGAAACUACAUAUUUAUCUACUAAUACUUCUGAAGAACUUCAAUAUUUACUUAAUACUGAAGUUCCUAUAGUUGUAAUUGAAACUGGUAAAACUCCUGUUAUAGAUACUGAUUUUGGUUCUGAUUCUGAUAAUCUUUCACCUUUACCUAAUACUAAAGUUCCUACAAUUACUAAUCUUGAGUUUACUAAUACCCAAAGUAAUCCAAGUUCUCAUUAUGAUAAAACCAAAUAUUAUAUUAUAAAUAGAAUAGAUCAGAUCUGUCGAUAUUGUAAAGCUAAGUUUUGGAUUAUUGAAAAAAAUCAAAAUAGUAAGCAUGCCGCUCUGAAAUUUCCUCUUUGUUGUGCUAAUGGCAAAGUGCAAUUACCACCUUUACUUAAACCUCUACUCUAUUUAUUAAAUCUUUAUACUUUAACUAAUUUUGAUGUAGUUGAGUUUCGUAAACAUGCUAGAGAUUAUAACAAUGCCUUAGCUUGUAUAUCUUUUGGUGCUAAUAUAGAUAAUCAAUUUUUGGGAUAUAGUAUAUCAAAUUUUCGGAUUCAUAGUCAAAGUUUACAGAAUAUGUUAGAUAUUUGCAACCCAUAUAUUCAAAAUUUUCAUCAGAUAAGAGAUAUUAUACGUGAUAAUGCAAUUACUGAAAUUUCAAUGAUAAUUCAUAGUAAUAGAAAUCAAGAUAUUCGUCAUUAUAAUGCUCUAUCAGCUCCUAAUAUAGCUGCAAUAAUG